UGAAAUGAUGAUUAAGUUAACAACAAUUCAAGGCUCAAAAAAUUCUGCUCGUUUAUUUUUUAUUAAUGAAGAAAACAAUGAAAAAGAAUCUCCAAUUCCUUCUGAGAUUAAGGUUGUUGAUAAUACUAUUUUUUCAACACCUUUUACCGUUCCUCCUUUCCUCGGAACAAAUUCAUUUUUAAUUGAUCAUUUACGUAGAUAUCAAGUUUAUUAUAAUAAUCAAUGUAUUUAUCAUAUCUAUUCUGAAAAAAAAUUUGUUAUUCAUAAUGAUCAUAAUCCUUUGCAAUAUUUUUAA